GCCUGGCCCGGGCCGUGCGCUGCGCCGGGCCCGCGGGCGGGCUGGCGGGGAGAUGCUGCCGUGGCGGCGGAACAGGUUCGAGCUGCUGGCGGAGGAGCCGCGGCAGCCCAGCAAGGCCAAGGGCUAUGCGGUGAGGCUGCAGUGCUCCGCGCUCGGCUCGCUCGCCCGCGCCUGCCCCGAGGGCGCGCUGCACCGCGUGGGCAGCAUGUUCCGCUCCAAGCGGCGCAAGUUCCGCGUCACCAGCGAGGACCCCACGUACACGGUGCUGUACCUGGGCAACGCGGCCACGCUGCAGGCCAAGGGCGAGGGCUGCACCGACCUGGCCGUGGGCAAGAUCUGGGCCAAGAGCGAGGCGGGCCGGCAGGGCGCCAAGAUGAAGCUGACCAUCGGCGCGCAGGGCAUCCGCAUGGCGCACGCCGAGGAGCGGGCCCCGCGCCGGCCGGGCCACCUCUACCUGCUGCACCGCGUCACCUACUGCGUGGCCGACCCGCGCCUGCCCCGCGUCUUCGCCUGGAUCUACCGGCACGAGCUGAAGCACAAGGCGGUGAUGCUGCGCUGCCACGCCGUGCUGGUCUCCCGGCCCGAGAAGGCGCGGGCCAUGGCGCUGCUGCUCUACCAGACCUCGGCCGCGGCGCUGGCCGAGUUCCGCCGCCUGAAGAAGCGCGACGACGCGCGGCACCAGCAGCAGCAGCUGGUCGGGGAGCAGAGCAUCCCGCUGGUGCCGCUGCGCAAGCUGCUGCACGGGCAGAGCUGCUACAAGCCGCCGGUGGAGCGCAGCCGCAGCGCGCCCAAGCUGGGCUCCAUCACCGAGGACCUGCUGGGCGAGGCGCAGGAGGAGCGCGCCCGGCACUUCGAGUGCGAGGACAUCCUGGAGGCGCCCGGCGGCGCCCCGCUGCUGCUGCGGGCGGGCCCCGGCCGCCUGGACGGGCCGGAGCUGACCCAGCUCAUCAGCGACCUGGGCGAGCUCAGCAUCGGCAACGACCUGCAGGCGCUGCGGGCCGACCUGCGCGUCACCCGGCUGCUGUCCGGGGAGAGCACCGGCAGCGAGUCCUCCAUCGAGAGCAGCGGCCAGGAGGGGGGCGCCGCGCCCUGCAACGGCCAGGAGGAGGGGGGCGGCCAGGAGCCUGAGACCGGCUGAGCCCGCGGCCGGAGGACGCCGCCUGCGCUGCGCCGCGCCCCUCUCCGCGCUGGCCCCUCUCCGCGCUGCGCGGGGCGCUCGGCAGUGCCCGGCGGGGCUCCGGCUGAGCGUUGUGCGCUCUGAGAAGCCGCCAGCUCCCCGCCCUUCCCCGUGCACCGGUACUGCCUGCCUGGGGGAGCCGGUGGGGCUGCACGGAACCUGCGGGGGCCUCUGGGCGGCCGGGUCCGCAGCCCCCGGGAGGCAGGGAAACAGAGGCAAAGGACAGCCUUUGCACAGGACGGAAAGUCAAGGGAGAUACGUGCAAUGCUUUACACAAUCCUGUGUGCUCACAAGGUGAGAUUCCCUGGGUCUGUCACUGGGCAGGUGCCCGCUCGCUCGGCCCCUGUUCCAGUUCCCCAGGGGUCAUGUCACAGGAGCAGCCUCUCAAUUUCAUUGGCAGUUUCCACCUCUUGUUAAAAAAUAUUUGUUCGUUUUCAAGGAGGACAGGAACAGUUUGGCUGGCUUGGUGCAUGAGCUUUGGGUUGUUGACCAGAGACCCCUGAAGAUCUGCCAGAUUCUCCAAACAGCUGUCUUGAGGGAGAGAUGUUGCAUUUUGUUUACAAUGAAAAAUUUAAUAUCUGAGAGGGAGUUUUCUUCCUUUUUAUAUAUUUGAAAAAAAAUUGUUCCAUUCCAUGCUGUCGUGUAAGAUAUUUUUGCACUGUUGUGAAUUUUUUUUAGCCUUUUUUUUUGUACCUGAUCCCGUGUUCUCCUAUCUCAAUGUUCUAUAUCUUUUGCUAUGCAAAAGAAAAAUGUAAGUGUGGAUGUUCACUUGUACAUAUGGAAAAAAUGUAUAUCAAAUACAUUUUGUUAUUUUUAAGGACACCACCCUUUCCGUUUGCACACAAGUGGAGUUAAUAAAGAUGACAAUAAUUUAAGAGAACUGGACGGAGUAUGGCAAUUUAGCAUCUUUUGUGUCUUUUCUUGUAAAGAGCAGGGGGAAGAAUAAACUCCAAAAUCCCGUCAGUUUUCAGUAUAGCGUUAGUACGCUGGAGUGUAGAAAGGCAGUUAGCCGGUGUCAGCUAAGGCAAUGCACCUUUGUCGCUAGGUGAGAGCUGCACUCUCAGAGUGCACUCUGAUGUGCAUUUUCCCUGCCCAUGCCCAGUGUUUUAUAACACACUAAUAAUGGGAAUGUGUAUAAGGUCUGGUAUCUGCAAAGAUGGCUUCUCCUGAUAGCUUUAAUGCAGAAGGUUUAAGAGAUGUUUCUAGCUUGGUUGAAGACUGGUCACUCUGGUUGGCAUCAAUCUGUUGUAUGUGGGAGGCACUUUAUCCAUGUUUGCUCUGUGUCCCCUCCUAAACUCACCAGGAUGGGGAUGGGAGGGACAGAUUAGCAGGAUGCUCCAACCCACAGGGGUCUAACAGAUCAGAGGAACCAAAGUGGAGCUCUAACUGGUCAGCAAUGCUAACCUGGGCAAAUGUCCAGGUGGCCUGGGUAACGGCCCCUGAGCUUGCAGAAUGUCUUUUUUGUUUGUUGUGAAUUCCACACAGCUGUCCCUUGUUUAGGCUCCAGUUGCAAACUGUGGUGACUACUGCCAAAGCAGCAGGCUGCUGCAAUCCCUCCCCUGAUCCCUCAAACCCUUGCAGAUUUCGUAACCUACCAGGGGAUAAGCAGCGAAGUCAAUUAGCCAGAUCCCUCCAGGACUGCUGGGUUAUUUUUAGCUGUAAAUCUGUUUGUAAGCAGCAGCUCCCAAGGUAGGAAAGAUCUUCCUGGUGUCAUUUGUCCCAGAGUGAAGGUAUCAAUUAAAAGGUUAAUUAGUAAGACAUUUCCCUUGUAUAAAUAUUUUCCACAGUGACUGUGCCUUAACUGAGACAAAUGCAGAAAAGCCAGUGAUUAAAGGAGCAGGCUGGCAGUGUCUGUGCCCAUAAACUGCUGGGUGCAGUCUGAAAUCCAUGUGCCAGGAGCCAGACUAUGAGAUUAUUCAUACCUGGUUAAAACACAGUGCAGAAUCCUUAGCCACACUAGUAAGAGGUUUUUAAAAAAGACGUGAAAUGAGCCAGCCCUACGAAGGAGAUCUGGUGAGCCUCGUUUGUGCAGGAAGAGAUGAUUUUUCAUGAUGGCGAGAGGGAGCAUGGCCCCAGAUGUGAGAUGUGGUAGUUGAACGAGUUUCAGUCACUAAGGGAUGGUACAUAACAUAAGAACAUAAGAAAGGCCGUACCGGGUCAGACCAAAGGUCCAUCUAGCCCAGUAUCUG